AUGCGAUUCAAUCUGGCUAGAUUCGUCCAUAAGCGUGUUGUAUUCUCAAAUGGCGAUAUCGGGGUGUCAUCUCAACUUGAAGAGUUUCUUCGGGGUGAUAUUUCUCUCUUCGAUAACCUAAACCCAUACUGCGCCAUCCGAUCUGCUACUUUCUUCGUUUGGCCCCGUCCCAUUUCAACGGCAGGUGGAACGUGGCUGGAGCAAUCCCUGCAUCCCCCUCCAAGGUCAAAGGUUUCUAUCCUCCCUUCACAGAUUUGCAGAUCCAUUCAGGUCAUGGUCUCGCUACAAUGUCUCACAUUGGAGUUACGGCAUCUACACCCAGAGCAGGUAGAGCGCUUCUGCCAGGAGAUCCAGAACGUGCGAAUCUCUGUUCCAUAUCUGCGAGUCUGUGGAACCUUACCCAUCAUCAAGAACACUCUCAAGCAAUGCUCUCGGCUCGAGGCCCUCCAUGUCUCAAGUGUGGUCCGCUCGGAUACUUUUAACAACGUCAUGGCAGAGGUCGAAUCCCCGGAGGAAAUCCAACGCUUGGCCAUCGUCCUAGCUGUCGAUCUCCAUACCACUGUGGUUCGGGUUCCAUCCCUUUCCAGUGAUCUUAUUAGUAACAUCACGCAUAAGUUCGAGAAUCUGACCGAGCUUAUUCUCCAUGAAGCCACCUUGGAUUACGAGCCAUUUGCUUUCAUUCACCCAACCGGAGAGGUCCUUCGUCUAGCAUUUUUGAUUGCCUUCGUCCGGGCUAUUGGAGAGCUACAGAGUCUAAGAAACCUCAAACGGUUGGCCAUAACCAUAUGGAGAAAGGUAGUUCGAAGCCUUUAUCCCACAGUCCCACUUGAUAGAAUGAACCGAAAGAACCACAAGUUCUACAAAUCGUGUAUCUCUACCAUUGGAAGCGAGAUGCCCUGGCUCGAUCAGAUAGCUAUUCUCACCGAGUUUCCCAUUUAUUGGGAUGGCCAUCGCAGAGAUGCAGAUGACAUACAGGUCAGACGAAAGAGUCUCCAUGAUAAUCAUGACUCCUUUCCAGCGACGGUGACUAAGGGAUAUUGA